UUGGCUGCUCUGGGGAUGCUGUGGUCCCCCGCGUCACAGGCGUUCAACCUGGACGUGGACAAGCUCACGGUGUACAGCGGCCCCGAGGGCAGCUACUUCGGCUACGCGGUGGACUUCUACGUACCUGGGGCUCGCACAGCCAGUGUCUUGGUGGGAGCGCCCAAAGCCAACACCAGCCAGCCAGACAUCGUGGAAGGGGGAGCCGUCUAUUACUGCCCUUGGCCCAUCGAGGGGUCUGCGCAGUGCAAGCAGAUACCUUUUGACAACACCAACAACAGAAAGAUCAGAGUGAAUGGAACCAAGGAACCCAUAGAGUUUAAAUCGAAUCAAUGGUUUGGAGCAACAGUGAGAGCUCACAGAGGAAAAGUGGUGGCUUGUGCGCCCCUAUACCACUGGAGAACUCUUAAAUCCACACCAGAAAAGGACCCAGUUGGCACUUGCUACGUAGCAAUUCAGAAUUUCAGUGCAUAUGCUGAGUACUCUCCUUGUCGGAACAGUAAUGCUGAUCCUGAAGGUCAGGGUUACUGCCAAGCAGGAUUUAGUCUGGAUUUUUAUAAGAAUGGAGACCUUAUAGUCGGAGGACCUGGGAGUUUUUAUUGGCAAGGUCAGGUGAUCACUGCCAGCAUUGCAGACAUCAUUGCAAAUUACUCAUUCAAGGAUAUUCUAAGGAAACUGGCUCGAGAAAAGCAGACGGAAGUGGCUCCAGCUUCCUACGAUGAUAGUUAUCUUGGAUAUUCAGUGGCUGCUGGGGAAUUUACAGGAGACUCUCAGCAAGAAUUGAUUGCUGGAGUUCCAAGAGGAGCACAGAAUUUUGGAUAUGUUUCGAUCAUUAACUCUACAGAUAUGACCUUUAUUCAGAAUUUCACUGGUGAACAGAUGGCAUCUUAUUUUGGAUAUACAGUUGCAGUAUCAGAUGUUAACAAUGAUGGGAUGGAUGACAUACUGAUUGGUGCCCCUCUCUUUAUGGAACGUGAAUUUGAGAGUAACCCUAGAGAAGUGGGUCAAGUUUACCUGUAUAUGCAAGUGAGCGCUCUCCUGUUUGGAGACCCGCAGGUGCUCGCAGGCACUGAGGUUUUCGGGAGAUUUGGUAGUGCUGUGGCCCAUUUAGGAGACCUGAAUCAAGAUGGAUACAAUGAUGUUGCCAUUGGUGCGCCCUUUGCAGGCCAGGAUCAAAGAGGCAAAGUGUUCAUUUACAACGGGAACAAGCGUGGCUUAAACACCCAGGCUUCCCAAGUUUUGCAAGGAGUGUGGGCAUCACAGGCUAUACCUUCUGGCUUCGGCUACACUUUAAGAGGAGACUCGGACAUAGACAAGAAUGAUUACCCAGAUUUAAUUGUGGGUGCAUUCGGAACAGGAAAAGUAGCUGUUUAUAGAGCGAGACCUGUGGUGACAGUGGAUGCCCAGCUUCUGCUGCACCCAGUGAUUAUCAACCUGGAAAAUAAAACUUGCCAGAUUCCAGAAUCUACGACCUCUGUGGCCUGCUUUGCCUUAAGAGUAUGUGCAUCUGUAGAAGGCCAGAGCAUCCCAGACACAAUAGGCCUGGCCGCCGAGGUGCAGUUAGAUUCCCUGAAGCAAAAAGGUGCCAUCAAACGCACGCUCUUCCUGGACAGCCACCUGCCGCAGCGCGUCCUCCCUCUCGCGAUAACACGGCCGAGAUCCCGCCAGUGCCGGGACCUGGUGGCUUACCUGCGAGAUGAAACUGAGUUCCGAGAUAAAUUAUCUCCAAUCAACAUUAGUUUGAAUUAUAGUUUGGAUGAAUCCACCUUUAAGGAAGGCUUGGAAGUGAAACCAAUAUUGAACCACUACAGGGAGAAUGUUGUUACUGAACAGGCUCACAUCCUGGUGGACUGUGGAGAAGACAACAUGUGCAUUCCUGACUUGAAGCUGUCAGCUCGACCAGAUAAGCAUCAGGUCAUCGUUGGAGAUGAAAAUCACCUUAUGCUCAUAAUCAAUGCAAGAAAUGAAGGCGAAGGAGCCUACGAAGCGGAACUCUUGGUGAUGAUACCAGAAGAGGCCGAUUAUGUGGGGAUUGAGCGUAGCAACAAGGGAUUCCGGCCACUGAGCUGUGAGUACAAGAUGGAAAAUGUAACCAGAAUGGUGGUGUGUGACCUUGGGAACCCUAUGGUGGCUGGAACAAACUAUUCUCUGGGCCUCCGAUUUGCAGUCACACGUCUUGAGAAAACAAACGUGAGCAUUAACUUCGAUCUUCAGAUCAGAAGUUCCAACAAGGAAAACCCAGGCAGCAAUUUUGAGAGCCUGCAAAUCUACGUCACUGCUGCAGCUCAAGUAGAAAUAAGAGGAGUCUCCCACCCUCCGCAGAUUGUUCUGCCCAUUCAUAACUGGGAACCAGAAGAGGAGCCCCGCAAAGAGGAGGGAGUUGGACCAUUGGUGGAACAUAUUUAUGAGCUGCACAAUAUCGGACCGAGCGCCAUCAGUGACACCCUUCUGGAGGUGGGCUGGCCAUUCUCUGCAAGGGAUGAAUUUCUUCUUUAUAUUUUUCAUAUUCAAACCCUGGGACCUCUACGAUGUCAAACAAAUCCAGAUAUCAACCCGCAGGAUAUCAAGCCUGCUGCCCCCCCAGAGGACACCCCCGAGCUGAGCGCCUUUCUGAGAAACUCAACCAUCCCUCACCUUGUCAGAAAGAGAGACGUGCCGGCACUGGAGCUCCGCAGGCAGAGCCCGGCCAAAACCCUGAACUGUACAAAUAUCGAGUGCUUACAAAUCUCCUGUGCGGUGGGACGACUAGAAGGAGGAGAAAGCGCAGUCCUGAAAGUCAGAUCGCGGUUAUGGGCCAAGACUUUCCUCCAGAGAAAAAAUGAUCCCUAUUCUCUUGCAUCCCUGGUGUCCUUUGAAGUUAAGAAGAUGCCUUAUAAAGACCAGCCAGCAAGACUCCCAGAGGGGAACAUAGCAAUUAAGACAUCAGUUAUUUGGGCAACCCCAAAUGUUUCCUUCUCCAUCCCGUUGUGGGUGAUAAUACUAGCAAUACUUCUUGGAUUAUUGGUUCUGGCUAUUUUGACCUUGGCUUUAUGGAAGUGCGGAUUCUUUGACAGAUCGAGACCCCCCCAAGACGAUAUGAAUGACAGGGAACAGCUGACAAGUGAGAAAACCCCCGGUGCGUGAAGAGGCAAAACCAAAGACCCCGAAACCCCACACUGGUCCUGUUCAAAGACAAGAAGACACAUGAGGGUGAAACAAGGUUUUCCUGGACCUGCCGAUGUCCUAGGAAGUGCAGGGGACCGGGGAACUGUCGCCUCAUCUCCACCACCCUCUGGAGACAUUGCCAUGGAGCCCAGCGAGCCUUGUGGGAAGGAAAUACUCUCAACACUGUAGAACCAGUCAGCGUCAUGGCAGAUGUCUUUGGCUUGGGUCAGUCUUUAUUUGGCAGACACUUUGAAAUGGGGAUGGGAACCGAGGCUGCCUUCCGGGUAAAUCCAACUAAGGCCGCAAAGACAAAACAUCUGAAUUACGAUAGAGUUUAGAAGGUGAACUAGGACCAAACCCUCCAACACUACUGUAUCCAGCGGAAUAUUUGACACCUCCCUAUGGAAAAGAUAUUUCUAAUGAUGUUACGGCUCAGGGAGACAAGUAUAUGUUGUUGCUGGUACUGUAAAGUACCUUUGAAAUGACAAAAAUAAUCUUGUAAGCAAGGAUAACUAUUUAUGUUCCAUUUCUCUAGGCUGAUAUUCUGGUCAUCUAGAGGAUCUGGAAAUUAAGAUUUGGUUAGCUGGUUUUCUAAAUCACUCACUAAAUUUCUUCCUAACAUAACCAUUUUGUGCAGAUCACUUAACAGAGCUUCUUCAGCGUUGAGGAAAAGCAAAUUGUAUUAGAAGAUAAUUUCACUUCAUACUUUGCUGCCUUCCGCCUGAAAUUACUUGUAU